AUGGCGGAAUAUCUCGUUGUUACUCGUGCUCCCAUUCCUGGAUAUGGAGUGGAGCAGAUUGAAUGGAGCGUCGAGGUCUUCCCCGGCGAAUUCCAGCUCUUCACUGGCACUGCUGAAGAGGUGCAUGCUCAAACCCUCUCCAUCAACCCCAACUUCAAGCCUCCCAGUGCCUCGGUGGCCAGGGGUUUGAAGGAAAAGCGUGGUCAUGUCGACUGCGGCGGCCUGCAGCCUGCUAAUAAGAAUGCCAUCAGAAACGGUGCGGCUUACCUCCGUAACCUGCCGCCUGGGCGCCCUACCAACGGACCUGGCCCCAACAACUGUGGUCGCGUUAGUUGUUCUUACAACUCUGGUAUCUGGUGGUGCAAUGAUUCUACUUCCCAGAAGAGUCUUGAUGGCUGGGACUGGAUUGGUAACAGCGCUCAGCGCAUUACUGAUGUCUGUGACCCUGGCUCGAGCCAGACCUCCGGCCGUAACCAUGAGGAUGGGGACUGGAGCACCAUUGUCCAAGGAGACAAGUGCUGA